UAUACUCUGAGUGCCUUCCGAGCGGAGGCACUGUCGAAUCAUCGAAGCAUCAACCAUGAGCGGAAGAGGCAAAGGAGGUAAAGGACUCGGUAAAGGAGGCGCUAAGCGUCACCGCAAAGUUCUCCGUGAUAACAUCCAGGGAAUCACCAAACCCGCCAUCCGCCGUCUGGCCCGCCGCGGCGGAGUGAAGCGUAUCUCCGGUCUCAUCUACGAGGAGACCCGCGGUGUGCUCAAGGUCUUCCUGGAGAACGUCAUCCGUGACGCCGUCACCUACACCGAGCACGCCAAGAGGAAGACGGUGACCGCCAUGGAUGUGGUGUACGCUCUCAAGAGGCAGGGCCGCACCCUGUACGGCUUCGGAGGUUAAACUGUCACUGACCCGCUGAUACUCAACAACACAAAGGCUCUUUUAAGAGCCACA